AUGCGCGAAGAUGCUGCUGCUGCAGUAGCUGCUGCGAAGGCGGCGACGACGACGUCGUUGUCCUCCGAUAUUCUGCGUGGCGCCGGAACAACCGAAUCAGGUUCCGUUUUCUUGCAGAAAUUAAAAGACGAAAUACACGAGGCGAAGAUGUCCGCGUUGAAAGAAUCGUCCGACGUUCGCAGCAUCGCGGAGGAAGAGGUCGAACGUCUCAAGACAGAACUCGCUUCAAAGACGGAUGCCCUGAAGGAAAGGGAUCUAGACGUGGUUCGCUUGGAAUCGGAUGUGAAAGCCGCGAGAAAGUCGAAGCAGCCGCCACAGGAAGAGAGCGGCGGUGAGCUGCAGCAAAAGCUGCAGGAAGCUGUCCGCAAACUGAAAGACCGAGAGAGAUCGCACGCCGACAUGGAAGAGGAGUUGGAAGAGAAAGUCGACAAAAUCAGCGUGCUGAAGAAAGAGUCGACGCUCGCCAAGACAGCGGUGUCCAUGUACGAAAAGCGGGUGGACGUCUUGGAAGAAAACCUGAAAACGGCUUGCAAGCGAUACGACGAGGAAGAGGAACGAAAGACGGUUAUGCGAUUGAAGAGUGCGAUCGAGGACCUGAAAAAGGACCAAACGCGUCAUUCGGAGGUUUUUCGAGAGAACAGGAACCUGAAGGAGGAGGUGGAAGCGAACGCAAGGAAGAUCGAAAGUAUCGACGACGAACUUCGCGCGUCAAAACGGACGCUCGGCGACAGAGACAGAGUGAUUUCGGACAAAGAUCGAGCGACGUCCAACCUGAAGAAGGAAAUCGCCACUCUCAGAGACGAACUUCGUGCCGAAAAGGACAAGGUGGCAAUAGCCGUGAUGAUGCGCAGCGACGACGACGCCCAAAGUCCAGUGACGCUCGAGAAAAUAAAAGACGAAUUGCGACUGGCGAACCGGGAAGCGGGUGGCUGCAAAAGACCUCCAACGAAGGUCGGCAACAGAGCUGGAAGAGACCGAGAAGCAGGUGGAGAGUCUGAAGGAACUGUUGGAUGA